UUUUUUUUUGUCUUUUCUUCCUUUCUAUCUCUCUCUCUCACUUUCUUCUUAUUUUAUUACUCUCCUCUCUGCCACUUUAUAUUUCUUCUACACAAUAGUUUAUUUUCUGUAUUCACCAUGAACGAUGAAACCAAUAUCAAUAACCGCAUAACUUCUGCACGACGUGAAGCGGAGACUCUUAUGGAACGUAUCAAACAAAGAAGAGAAGCUUUGGCCGAUUCAUCACUGAAAGAAAUGGCUAAAGAAGUACCAUCAUUACCUCGGAUGACACUGAAAGCAAGACGGACAUUGAAAGGACAUUUGGCAAAGAUUUAUUCCAUGCAUUGGGCCAAAGACAAACGACAUUUAGUAUCAGCUUCACAAGAUGGCAAAUUAAUUGUAUGGGAUGCUUAUACAACUAAUAAAACUCAUUCUAUACCUUUACGUUCCUCAUGGGUCAUGACUUGCUCUUAUUCGCCUUCAGGUGAUUUUGUCGCAUGUGGUGGAUUAGAUAAUAUAUGUUCUAUCUUCAAUCUCAAGACAAAGGAUGGUCCUGUACGACCUGCUCGAGAACUCUCUGCUCAUACUGGUUAUCUUAGUUGUUGUAGAUUCAUUGAUGAUCGUCGAUUAUUAUCUGCUUCUGGUGAUAUGAGCUGUAUGCUUUGGGAUAUUGAUGCUGGUGUCAAGGUAGAAGAAUUCACAGAUCAUUCAAGUGAUGUCAUGAGUCUUUCACUUGGACCAUCACCUCAUAUUUUUGUCACUGGUGCUUGUGAUUCUACGGCUAAAGUGUGGGAUAUACGAACAAAAAAAUGUGUACAAACCUUUACUGGUCAUGAUUCUGAUAUCAAUUCUGUUGAAUUCUUCCCAAGUGGUGAUGCUUUUGCGACAGGAUCAGAUGAUGCAAGUUGUCGAUUGUUUGAUUUACGGGCUGAUUGUGAAAUGGCUGUGUAUUCGGAUGAUUCAAUAUUAUGUGGCAUUACUUCUAUUGCCUUCUCAGCAUCGGGUCGCUUACUAUUGGGUGGUUAUGAUGAUUACAAUUGUCUUGUUUGGGAUACAUUGAAAUGUGAAAGGCUGUCUACUCUGUCAGGUCAUGAGAAUCGAGUCUCUUGUCUGGGCAUCUCAAGCGAUGGUGUUGCCUUAUCCACUGGCAGUUGGGAUUCAACUCUGAAGAUAUGGACUUGAUUUCUACUAUAAUUACUUAGUUUAUUUAUGCUUGAUUCGUUUGAAUUUUUAUACCUUCAUUCUCUUUUACUAUUUAAACAUUAUUUAAUAAAAACAUCUCAUAUAUUUUUCUGC